AUGACACCGGACUUUAGGUUACCGUCUCUGGACGAGAUCAUUAUGCAGAUGUGGAAGAAUAUGAAGUUACCAGGCCUAGUCAUCGAACCAGAGCUGUCCGGAGAAAUGAAACUGAAAGCAAAUCUACGACGCACCAGCAAACAUUUUUGCACUCAAAUUUUGUUGUUGAGAAUACAUUUUAUUUGUUGGCUUGGAAAAUUGAAAAAUUUUUUAGUUGAUAUUUCAAUAAAAGUUGCUGAUUUUCAAAACUUAUUUUUAUCUGUGCACGAGUAUAUCUAUAUUAGCAACCAUAUUUGUCUUGUGUUAAUCUCCUCCUUUCCCUUGGCGAUCACCAAUCAAUCUGAUCGUCAGCUCUCCUUUUUAGCCAAAAACCAUUUCUGCUGCUGCUGCCGUAUUUGCUUACUGGGAUCGUGUCAAAGAACAACCACCUCAAACCGCAAGUCUGCUCAGUCAGCAGUCAACUCGUAACAACAUAAAUCCCCUCAAAGAGAUCAAAUAUCAACCAAACAUCACCGUUGUAUAUUUCUUUGGUGAUCUUGUUUGAAACGAGUACAGCAAACACGCGGGUGAAAGAAACAGGGUGAAUCACAGAAAUCAAUUGAAAAUCAAAGUUCAAAGCCGGUUUUGUAAAAGAGAUAU